CUCGUCCUGGUGGGUGUCCGGUUGGGCAUUGACGGCGUGAACCCAGUGUAUCACGAGAGCAUAAAGAAAUUAUUUACUUUCCCCCAGUCGGUCGGCAUCGCGGGUGGGAGACCUUCGUCUUCCUACUAUUUUGUUGGGUAUCAGGCUGAUCAGCUAUUCUACCUUGAUCCUCAUCACACUCGAGCGUGCGUGCCGCUGCAAUCGGUGGCGGACAACCCCGUUAUCAAUUAUUACGCAAAUUCCUACGCUUUCUCCGAUAUACGCACGUACCACUGCGACCGGGUUCGCAAAAUGGCUAUCACAUCUCUGGAUCCCAGCAUGCUUCUUGGGUUCUUGUGCCGAACCGAAUCUGAAUGG